CUCAAAACUAUGUUCCUCUCCUCUUCUCUUUGCCGGUGAAACGGCUACACAUAUCUGAAUAAAUUAGGAGAGUUUUGUUGGGAUUUUACUAGUAGAUAAAAUAAAGUGUGGGAUUGUUGUGAGUAUUUUUCUUACCCCUGUUAUCAAACCCUAAAACCAACAUCAGCCCUCACCCAAUCAAAACAGAGAAGAAGAAGAAUCAAGAAAAAACUAGAUCAAGGAUUAUGAUUUGAAGGAAGCCAUCAACAAUAAGGCAAUGCAAUGGAUUUAACAAGAUCAGCAGCUCGGUAUCUAAAUCUCCGUCUUGUUUUAUUAAUCUUAACUUGUUUUUCAUUCUUACUUUUCUUAUCUCUUUCUUCCACUAAUACGACUUUUCCCCCUCUCACAAAGAAAGAGUUAUUAUUACGGUCAAGAAUUGCUGUGUGUUUAGUAGGUGGAGCAAGAAAAUUCGAACUCACUGGACCUUCAAUAAUAGAGAAUGUGUUGAACGUUUACCCUAAUGCAGAUCUUUUCUUACAUUCUCCAUUAGAUAAAGACUCGUUCAAGUUUUCAAUAUUCAAAGACAUUGCUUCAAGAAUCGCUUCGAUUCGUAUUUUUAAACCGAGUAAGUUAAACGAGACGGAGUCUCAACGGCGCGUCCUCACUCCAAGCGAUUCUCCUAAUGGCAUACAGGGUUUGCUUCAAUACUUCAGCCUUGUAGAAGGUUGCCUGACACUGAUCAACGACUUCCAAAUACAGAAUAACUUUACCUAUGACUGGAUCGUCCGAACCCGAGUAGAUGGAUACUGGAACGCUCCACUUUCACCAGAUAACUUCUUACCAAAUGAUCAUUACUUAGUCCCAUCGGGUUUAAGCUACCGUGGAUGCAACGACAGACUCGGAAUCGGUAAUCUCUACACUUCAAAAAUCGCACUAUCUCGGCUCUCUCUGAUACCACAACUAGACGCAGCAGGGUUUCGACAAGUCAACUCGGAGAUUUCUUUCAAAGCUCAACUCACUACAGAAGGUGUAAAGUUCUCUGAAAAUCGUCUUCCUUUCUGCGUAGUAAGUGCUCGCAGGUUCGAUUUUCCACCGACUCGGUAUGGUGUCCCUAUUGCAUCAAUGUCGAGCCCAGGUCCACUCAGCGGGGCAUACUGUAGACCAUGUACACCUGUUUGUUCUGGCCAAUGCGCGGAUGAAAAUAUGCAGAUUUUAAAAAUAGGUUGGAGGAUUGAAGGGGAAAAUGGAACGGUUCAGCUCUGCGAUGCUCAUGGUGAGUGGGAAUCCGGCUGGGAAAACAAUUUUGACCGAUUUGCAGGGGAGAAGCUUGCGGAGCUUAGGAAACGAGUUCUGGAGUCGAAAUUCGAAAAAUGUGUGAAAGAUUUUGAUGAGAUGAAGAGACGGACUGUUAAUUGGGAUGCUCCAGCUGCUAAACAGAUUUGUGGAAUUGCUUCAGGGCGUUAGUAAAGAAAACGCGCAAGUUGUACUUGUUGCCACCAAGUAAGAGCUGCAAGAAGUAUGUAUUUGUUCAUCAAAAUACACUAAUCGAGUUCUUUGGGGGCGAGGGUGCCUCUCUGGUGGCAGGCCCCUUAAUAUUUUUGAAAUUAUACACACCACCACCGUGUGAAAAAUACACAAUUUGUAUUCUAA